AGAACAAAUCUAAAAUCUAACUUGUUAUUACGAAAAGGUGUUUAUAGUUUAAAAUGGAUACCGAACAGCCAAACGAAACUACGACAGCUGUACACCCCAACACAAACGUAAAAAAUAACUUCGAAAUUAUGGUGCAAAUUUCGGAGGCUUGGCAGAUCGUGAUCCCGAUCGUAAUUGGCGUUGUUUUGUUCAUCGGACUUGUCGGUAACUCUCUGGUCAUCUAUGUCACUGUCACGACACAGCGAGCCAUUAAACACCCAGUGCAUAGCAUGCUGGUGCUCAAUUUAGCAGCCGCGGAUUUAAUAUACCUUAUAGCAAGCGCGCCAUACCAGGCGAUGUCCAAUUCGCCCAUCUCGCUGGGUGUUGACAGUUUUCUCUGCCCUAGUCUCCACUUUAUUAGCGUACUUACAAUGUCAGUUGGAAUCUUCACUAUGUGCGCUCUUGCGUGGAUGAGGUUCAUGGCUCUCAUUGUUCCGUUCCGCUUCCAGGGAAGCAUGAUGUCCACGAGGACGUUCGGCUGUAUUGUCCUCGUUGUUGUAUGGGUGAUUAGCUGCGUAGUCUCCACGCCAAAUCUAGUUUACUACCGACCGAAACCGGAUGAAUCCGGACCGAACCAGACAGACCGCUUGGCCGGAAUAUGCGAAUGGACGGACGGAAAGGCUGCCGACGAUUAUGCGAUUGCAUUAUUUGUGAUUACAUACCUAGUUCCCUUUCUUUUGGUUGCAAACUUUUACUUUUUUAUCGGAAGAGAAGUUUGCUAUCUUGUCAACAGACCUCGACGAGUGGAUAUAGUGGGGGGCAAGAAUGAACAGAAGGAGUACACGAAAACAACGAUCAUGGUCCUAUGCUUGAAUAUUGCUUUUCUCCUAUGCUGGUUUCCCCACCAUUUGUAUCGCAUGAUGAAGAUAUCUGGAAACUAUUCAAACCUCUACAAUGACGUAAAUAAGUGGAUAACAACGGCUACAAUAGAACAAGUGGGCGCGUGUAUGUCAUACAUGCAUAGUUGCAUUAACCCAGUUAUAUACACGUUUGCUGCACCGGGAUUCCGUCGCAGUCUCCUGGAAUCCAUAACCGGUAGACGCUGCAACAAUAAUAGCGAAAUUACCGAGUCAUGCCAUGCAAGGCGAAACCGCAGACGCCGUGGCGCCAGCCAUUCCAACUGCGCGCCACGAAAGUCGAGCCACGACGCCGUACAAAUGCUGGCCAUCACGCACCACGAGCCCCCAACCUGUGUAAGCCGUUUGCCUUCUCCUCUGCUAUCCGUAUCUCCAUUUCCGAACCCUAAUCUAUCACCGGAGAAGCGGAGUCUUACAGAGCAGACCAAUGACCAAUCCGGGACGAAUUCUGUGAAUCCAGAAACGCGAAACGGAGGCAAAGUUGACGAGGUCGUGUAGUACUUAACAACGCUAUACUCACAACUGGGCAUAAGUUCAUUCGCGUUUAAUACUACCGCAAAUACAAGGAUUUAAAAGGCGUUCAAAAACACGUUUACUGGAAAGUCAUUGCACAAAGAGGUCAGACCAGCGACAACGGACACUGCCAGUAAUCUAUUCUGCAUUCCACUCGUCCGGACGGUGGCGCAGCAGAGCCAUUUAUGCGCACACACUUGCACUUGAAGUAGGUCCUUUCUUCGCCGCCCUCUGUCGUCCUUCUCGUCUCCAUGGAACCGACAAAUCCUGAAGAGCUUGAACAAGUCGCCCCGGUAAUGAUAAAAUUCUGCAAUGUGGAAAAAUCUUCAGAACCGAGAAAAGAAUGCGAACGAAAAAUUUACAGAGCCAGUCAGAGAAUGCUCGUUUCAAACCUGGGCGUUAAUAUAUUGUUGUACAGUUUUUGAUUAAUUGUUGUUUUAUUUUUGGUUGUACCUAUGCUUGCUUUCGUAGUUUUUAUCACAUGCAUAUUUUAUUUCACUCGCCAGAAGAAUAACAUUGUUGUUAAGUUCCUAUUCUGUAUUACUGUUAUUAUUAACACUAUACGGUUCGACUGUUCCUUCACGAAACCGACGACUUGUCAUUUAGUUUUUGCAUCAAUACAAAAAGUGAAGAAAACGCAUCAGGUAUGUAACUGUUUAAAUUCCUAGAAAAAUCACCAAAAACGCCCAAGAGUAUUUAAAGCAUUAAACUAAAGCAAUGGCAUGUUA